AUGCUCGAAUUGCCAAUCGCAACAGCAGACCUUGCAUUCAACGAGCCGGUCCAAUUCAAUCUGCGAGUCGAUGCAGAGUUGCUCGACUUGACCAAAAGAAAACUUGCUUUGGCUCGAUACCCCGAGGAGCAAGAUGACUUCGAUGAAGACGAUUGGUCGCAGGGCGCGAAGGUCAAAGUAGUACGAGAUUUGGCCAAUUAUUGGAUGAAUGAUUAUGACUGGAAGAAAAAAGAGGAUGAACUGAACAGUAUAUUCAAUCACUUCCUCGUGAAGCUAAACGUGCCCGGCUACGGCCCGUUGGUAUUGCAUUUCACACAUGCAAAAUCUUCGAAAUCCAAGGCAAUUCCUUUACUGUUCUCUCAUGGAUGGCCUGGAUCUUUUGUCGAGGCUAUGAGGGUCGUAGGCGAUCUGAGUGAUCCAAAACAGCCAAACGCGCAGGCGUUCCACGUCGUGGCACCCUCAAUACCCGGCUUUGGAUUCUCUCCUGCACCCACCAAGUCAGGCGUUGGCCCCAAUAUCGUGGCUCGUGCAUAUCAGAUUCUGAUGACUGAAGUUCUCGGAUAUCGAACAUUCGUCACCCAAGGUGGCGAUUUCGGUUCCUUCAUCACAAGAUCAGUCGCCAUCCAGUUCCCACAAUCCGUCAUCGCCCAGCAUCUAAACAUGUUCCCCGUCCCUCACCCGACACUAUGGAUAGCCCCUCUCACAUACGCUCGCUGGAAACUUCGCGGUCUGUUCUACUCACAGUUUGAGAAGGACGCAUUGGCUGUCCGUGAGAAUUUCGAGACCGAUCAGUCCGGAUACCUCGAGCAGCAGAAGACGCGACCACAGACAUUGGGAUUCGCACUCGGUGACUCUCCAGUAGGACUAUUGGCAUGGUUCGUUGAGAAAUUCCACGAUUGGGUAGAUUGCCACGAGGCGCUUUCUAAAGAGGAUACGAUUACGCUCGUGAUGAUGCAUUGGAUUCAAGGGGCAACCCCCGGCCUCCGUUUCUAUCGUGAGGCGUUUGGAGACGGCAAACGGGAGGCUGAAAAGACGUUCGAGACUUACGUCAACGUUCCUACGGGAGUCAGCAUGUAUGCGAAGGAGCAGCUUCACUGUCCACAGGAUUGGGCACGCCAGGUGGCGAAUAUUCAGUAUUGGAGGGAGUACCAUAGAGGGGGCCAUUUCUCAUCGUUGGAGCGGCCAGAUGCUUUUGUCAAGGAUAUGAGGGAGUUUUUCACAAUGACAGUGGUUCAGAGAGCGAUCAAGAGAGGCAAUGUCUGAAGGGUGCGGCAUCCGUAGAUUUCUAGGAGGCAGAUGUUGCUACAACGAAC